UUCUUCCUCAAAUUCAGACACUCAAGCUAAGCGUUGGAAGAGACUUUGGAAAGAACCACGAGGAAACUGUCUCAUCUUUUCUGGGAGUGCAAGGUAACUAAACGCCUUUUUGGAAUUUUUUCUAAAUUCUGAUGGGGUUUUUUUUCUUGUGACAGGAGAAGCUGGGGGAAUUCUGAAUGUUGGGAUUGGAUGCUGGAUAAGGCAAGCGACGAGGAUUUGGAUGUCCUUUUGAUCGGGUCGUGGGUUAUUUGGAAUCACAGAAAUUAUGUGAUUUUCCGUGGUGAACAUUCUAGCUUUUCAACAAUGAUUCAGCAGUUAACCAAAUUCGUGACAGAGUCUUCUUAUCAGUCAGAAACUUCUUUGAGUAUGCUACACAAGACUUUAAACAAUAAAUUGAAGUGGGAACCCCCACCAAUGCAUAUCUGGACCCUAAAUGCCGAUGCAUCGUGGUCGGAUUCUACGCACAGAGGAGGGAUUGGGUGGAUUAUUCGCAGUUGGGACGGCGACAUUGUACUUGCGGGCAAUCGUUUUGUGGAGGCAUGCAAUAAUGUCAAACUUCUAGAGGCUUCGG